CAAGGAGAAGUAAAAGCGUCACCACUUUUACUGUUGUUAUACCAGUCAAAACUCUGUACAAGUUGCUUAUGAAGAGAACAAAGCGAGACCCUUGUAACUUUUGAGGCUCGAUCCUCCUUGUCGUAAGUAGUUUAUGUAUUUGUACAUAGACAAAAGAAUUCAAACCUUUGGUCAGUUUUUUGUUGUAGCCUUGUCCUCUCUAUACUUUCCAACUCUAGGGUUGAGUAUAUAAUUAUUUCUUCUUUGCAGUUCACAGUGGCAUAAAGACUAUUCCUUGAGCCUAUUUUGCAUAGAAGGAAAGGCUAUAGUUCUUACACAGAAAGCCAACAGAAUUAUUUCCAUGAAACUGGAAAAUGACCAUUUUAUACAUUGUGAAGCAGUUUUCCAAGGUUUUGAGAGGCUAACAAAGGAAGAUUCUGAGAUCGAGAACGAGUCGAAAACUGGUUAUAGCAAAACCCGUUUUUUGAUUUGUUAUCCAAGUAGGGUCACAGGAAGUCUGAAAUUUACCUUAGAGACAAGUUUUGUCAAACUCAACUCUGUUAAAAGGUACAGUGUCGAUAGUAAGUUGACAGGAACUUUGUUACAACACUAUUUUUCUCCUUUCACAACAUUACUCUGGUGUGAGAUUGGUUGUAUCUAGCACAUUUAUUAUUAAAGUAGCUCUUUCCAAGUCUCCAAGUAAAAUAUUUUCUUUCAUAAAACUCAUUAGCCAUGCAAGAUACUAUACCUCCAAUGGAAAGGAGACAAUACAUAGCAAUUCUUCUCGUCAUAGUCCAACUGGAAAUUACACAAUAGUUUAAGAAGGGCCAGUGUUGUUAAGGCUUUGAACUUGGUCAAGUUUACUUCUGAAACUUUUCCGACUUUAAUUUCCAACUCAUUCGUUGUUUUAGUUGGACAAGUGGAUUUCUAUUAUCUACGUUUCUUUUUUAAGCCUUGCAGUUCAUUCCUUUAUAAAAAUCCAUCGAGUCGUCUUGAGCUCUGAGUUCCGGAUAGACUGUAGUGUUUUUCUUUGGUUCGUACAACAUUGACUAUCUCUUUGACUUUUACAUACCUUAUGCAAGACUUGUUGUU